AUGACAUGGGGAAAUGAUGCCAAGUUCCACCUCUACGUCUUCUUUUCCAAAGUUGUCCUCACGGGCCCUAUUUGGACAAAUAUACUCACAGUCAGACAGGAAGUGUCUUGGAAGAAACAGGCGCUGAAUGUUUUCCUCUGUCUCUCUCCGUCACCUUUAGGAGGAGAGGGCUCAGCCGAGGCAGGGCAGAAGGAAACGUCCACCUGUGAUAUUUGCCAGUUUGGGGCUGAGUGCGAUGUGGACGCCGAGGAUGUUUGGUGUGUUUGCAACAUCGACUGUUCCCACAUCAGCUUCAACCCGGUGUGUGCCUCCGACGGUCGUUCCUAUGACAACCCCUGCCAGGUGAAGGAGGCGUCCUGUCAGAAGCAGGAGCGCAUCGAGGUCAAGUACCUGGGCCACUGCCAAGGCGACAUCAUAACGGGGAACAAAGGUGGCGAUGGACACUUCGCGCGGACCGACCUCACCGUAGAGGAAAAAGAAGAUCAGAGGAACGGACUGGCCCGCGGCUUGUACAUACCCUGUCCAGAUCACUACAAAAACUACUGCGUCCAUGGAGAGUGUCAGUUCCCCAGUAUCCUGGCCCAGCCCUCCUGCAGCUGUCACUCGGGUUUCAGAGGCCCCCAGUGUGACAUCAAAGAGUACAACGUGCUCUAUGUGGUGCCAGGCUCUGGCAAACUGCACUACGUCCUCAUCGCCUCUAUCAUUGGAGCGCUCCAGGUGGUCAUCAUCUGUGUGGUGGUGCUCUGCAUUACCAGGAAGUGCCCACGGACCAACAGGAUCAACCGGCAGAAGCAGAACAAUGUCCACUUCAGUUCAGAGAACACCAUGCGCGCCUCCACUCGACUUAUCUGAGCCCAGACACACCAGACAAGAGAACCCUCCACUCUCCGGAGCGCUGCGGCGUUAGAUGUUCCCCGUUGUAGGCCAACCCCGCGAAACUUAGGAUCUGCAUCCCCUCACUCCUCGCCCUCUCUCCCAGUAUGAACUUUAAGAAUACCCGGGGAGGACGGUGGCGCAGCAAAGACCGAGCUGGCGUAGCAGUCGGCGAUGGGACUCGACGCGUGGUGUAAUGUUGUCAUCAGUCGCCGACGCCAACCGCCCAGUUGCCGAUGUGUCUCCUUGCACCUUGUCACUUCCGCCCAGGGUUUUUCUGACAAACUGAACCACGAGGUGUCGGGGGAGGGGGGGGACGAGGAUACUGAAUGUGUGUGUGUGUGAAUGUGUAUUAGAUGUGUGAGCUUUGUUAGAGGCGGGCUAGCCGGUGUCUGUUGUUUGUAGAUGAGGGGUUAAAGCAAAUCGGGGUAGUGCAAAGCAGGGUAACAGGCUUUAAAUGAGGUGUGUGUUGUUUGGUCUGGGAGAGGGGUGGUGGGGUGGGCGUUGGGGGGGCGUGGGGUUCGGGGCUACACGUGAUGCCUUGCACUUUGUGUUAUAGGAGACCUUUGACAGAGGGCACAAUGUUAUUAUAGAGCUCUCUGUUCGGUUGUGACGAUGACGUCAGCUUCUGUAUCUUGGGUUCUAUUUACAAUAGUUAUUACUACAUUGUGUUGAUGGGGUCAUUUUUCUGUAAAUGUAAAUAAAUAAUUUAUAUCACGAAAUGUA